AUUCAAAUAAAAGUAAAACACGCCUUUCAUGCCUCUAUGCUUUUAAUUGCUUUCCACUUCAUUUAUAUAUAUAUACACACACACACACCAAACAUCACCAGCAACAAAUAUAUUAAAUCGCCUCGCUCUGCAGUAAAAAAAAAAAAAUCCUUUAAUUUCUAAGUGAAUUCAGUGGCAGAUCACCAACAUGGAAAAGAAACAAAUAUUCUUCAGCAAAGAGGAAGAAGAUCAUCAAGUCCACAUAACAAUGGCUCAUCCAGAAGAAAUUUCCAUUCCAAUUCCUCAGGCGGAAAGUGCAUCCGAACCCACAAAUCUACGAAGAGAAGAGAGCGUUGAAGCGGUUGAUGUCAAGGCGCGUCCGGCUACGCCUGCGAAGAAAGUGAAUUUCCAUUUGAAUCCUUCUCAGCACAGGUCAGCUCAUGGAGUGUCUCCAGGCCGGCCUGUGCCGAGAGGGACGAAAUCGUCAUCUUCGUCGUCGUCUUCAUCAUCCAUCAAGAAUUUCCUUAUUCCCAAACUGAACUUCAUGGAGAAGCCGAGCCCAGAAGCCGAACCCGGUCAUCCAGAAGAAAAUAAUAAUAAUAAAGUUUCCAUUUCAAGGUCUUGGUCCCUGUCGAAGAUGUUUUCGCCGGGGAUCAAGAGGGCGUCGUCUCUGCCCAUAACUCCGGUGGGGAAGCCGAAUCCGCUGGCGGCAGAGUCCGCCGCCGCCGCCGCUUGCAAGACGAAGGGGUCCUCGAAGGGAGCGGUGCAGCAACAGCAGCCACAGCCGCCACAAGUGCAUAUACACCGGUCUCUUUCUCUCCCGGUUCCGGCUGCCGCCAACAAAGACGGCAGCCGGAAAAUGGAAUCUUUCUUUCGGGUCAUCCCUUCCACGCCGCCGCCCCGACUCAAGGACUCUGAUUCUAUUGUUUCCGCUGAGGCUCCCGCCGGAGAAUCUGUUCUGGAGCUGUAAUAUUAGAUUCUUCCAAUGGUACGCAGGAGGAGAAGGGGAAGAGGAGGAGGAGGAGGACGGGGGAGAGGACAUAGCGGAGGAGGAAGCGGUGUGCAGAAUAUGCCUGGGGGAGCUGUGCGAGGGCGGGGAGACGACGCUGAAGAUGGAGUGCAGCUGCAAGGGGGAGCUCGCCCUCGCCCACAGACACUGCGCCGUCACUUGGUUCUCCAUCAAAGGCAACAAAACCUGCGACGUCUGCCGCCACCCCGUCCAAAACCUCCCCGUCACCCUCCUCCGCAUCCGCAGCACCGCCGCCGCCGCCCACCCCGCCCUCUCCCUCGCCACCACGCUCUCCCACCUCGAAAUCAAUGGACACAGGGUGGUGUCGCAUGAAGUGCCAAUUCUGGUUAUUGUUAGCAUGCUUGCUUACUUUUGUUUUCUUGAACAACUCCUGGUUGGAAAGAUGGGUACAAGUGCAAUUGCUAUAUCACUGCCAUUCUCUUGUGUGCUUGGCCUCCUUGGCUCUAUGACUUCUUCUACUAUGGUAAUGAAAAGAUUCGUAUGGGUGUACGCAUCAGUCCAGUUUGCAUUUGUGGUGCUCUUUGCACACAUUUUCUACACUCUGGUUCAUGUGCAAGCAGUUCUGUCGAUCCUACUAUCAAUAUUUGCUGGAUUUGGGGUUGCAAUGAGUGGAAGUUCUAUUCUUGUCGAGUACUUCAGGUGGCGAAGAAGGCAUCGUAACCCGCCUCCAAGCCCAUGGCCAUAAUAACGCAUGCAUUGGCAGCCAGGAGGGAGAUGAAAAUAGUAUAUACCACUACCUCCGAGCCAAUGGCCAAAAGUGGACAAAUACUCACAGACAAGAGCAUGUAUAGUAAAUACUACGUAUCAGUUUUGGUCGGUCUCACGACUUUUGUGUUAUUUUUCUUAAAAAUUUACUCGUACGAGUUUAAUGCAUGACAUUUUUGUCCGUGUUGAUUUUGGUAAGUCGACUGGAAGGUUACAAUUUUCAUUGACUACAUAUUUUUUAGAAUCAUUUUUGAUAAAAUGGAAAUUUACUUAAAUAAGACUAAAACAUAAUG